ACCGGAAAUUAGAUGCAGUAGCCCGGAUGCAAUUAAAAUUGCUUUGUGCCGCAGAAACGAAGAAAAAAAUCGGAAUAAGCACCAUUUAGACGUUCUUAGCCGAAAAUAUCUAUGUAAAUGUAAUACAGACGAAUACUUUUAUCAACUGACUGUUUGUUUGAGAAGACCUGUGGUUGUUGUGUACAUGUGUUCAGUACAGGCGGUAUAGUCCAAACACACCCGAGCAAUAGAACAUCGAGAAGAGCCAAGUAACCUGAUGUCGUACCCAAGUCAAAAUCGUUUGCCGUAUGGCAUGACAACAGUUCAGCCGAUUCCAGGUGUACCUGGGAUGGCAGGGGUUGCAAUGCCUGGUAUGCCGGGUAUGACCCAGGUACAGGUAUCGAGGGUACCUAACGGAAUGAGCAGCAUGUAUCAGUCAGAGAAAUCGGCCGCCCUAUACCCAGGUGCAAAUCCGAGUUACCAGAGUCUUGCACAGCAGGGUUUCCUAGCCCAGUCUGGCUCUCUUGGUCAGGCUGGAUCAUUGGGUCAACCUGGAGCUGCUUUCUACGGAACAUGUAAUCAGCAUCCAACAUACCUGCCAGUGACGAGUCCAUCUACACAGCAACGAUACAUGGUGUCUGCUGGUUACCCAGGUGCUGGCUCCCUGGUCACCUCACCAUCAAUGGUUCAAGCAGGUGCUGCAGCUGGCUACCCCCUUACAGCAGGGGCAGGAUAUUCCCUAUCUGCCCAGCCGUCAUCACUCGCACAACCUGUACCAGUGUCUUCGCCUGGCCAGUCACAGUACCCUACAUACAUAAGCUCACAGUUGACACCUCUGCAGAUUAGUCCCUCACAGAACCCGUAUGCUGCCUCGGCUACCGGACAUCCACUGUACCCUGGCUCUCCAUACGCAAGUCUACAGAUGGCUGGAGCACAGAUGCCAUCCGGGCAGAUCCCAGGCAGGAGCCCAGCUAGUGCAGGUGCCGGGUUGCCUCUUGGCUAUCCAGCAUCACAUAUUGGAUCAACAGGCUUUUACCCAGCCCCUUGAGUGCCCAGCCGGAUGGCUUAUCAGUGAGGAAAUACAUGCCUUGUGGGAACGAUAUAGUGCAUAGAGUGCUAUAGCCAUUGCCAUAGUGAUCCAUUGUAUUCAAAUUGCUGUCAUUUAUACAUCAGAGGGAAUAUAACUAAUUAUGUGUCAUGUAACUAUCUUUUGGACUACAUGUAUGGUAUAAUACAUUUAUUUUAAAGACUCUGUUGCACUAUAUAUAACUGUAUGCUGAAAGGUAAAUAUAUGCUGAAAAUGAAUCUUAAUUACAUUGUAUAAGGAAACCAGAUAUUCUAGAAAAUGCUAAAUGUCAGUAAUCAAUAGUCAAGAAAGGAUAAAUAUUUAUGUAAAGUUUUGUUUUUUAAUGUCAAAUUUUACCAAUUAAGUUAUUUUCUGUAACUGGUGAAAAAAAUGUAGAAGUUGUAGUUUUUGUUAUAUUCCCAGUACCAGCAAUAGCAGCUUUGCUUUGCAGAAAGUGGAAAUGUCUCAUACAUAAGCAGAAAAAAACCAAGGUAUUCUAGUGACAUCUGGUUUGGGUUUUUCAGUGUUCACUUUAUCAUAGUUUAUCAACACUUGCAGUUAGAAGGGUUCCUUAUAAUCAGUACUGACUCGUAUAUAAAAAAAAAAUGAACUGUUAUUCCACUGUAUUUGUUUUCGGUUUUUGAUUUUCAUGUUUUUGAAAUUAAGAUAUCAUCUUGACAGCUGGUUUUAAAAUUUGCAAUUCCUUCAUUAAUUUUUUGGGAAAAGGUAACUACAUCUGCAAUUCAAAUUCCAUUACAAGUGUUCUACAUUUAUUCUCAUUCUUACAUUUUAUUUGUCCCUCGAAAUGCUGUCAUUGAUUAGAAUUUAAUAGAAACCGAUCAUCGGGCAUUUGUCAUAGAAGCAUAUCAAAAAAGAAUAACCUUUGUUUAAACUAUGGUGAAUGUUACAUAUUGGGUCAUAUUUAUGUAUUUUAUAUUUAUACUAAGGGGUAAUACCCAUUAAGAAAAGAUGUAUUUUUAGCUAAAAAGUGUGCCUAAAACGUGUGCAUGGUUUGUGUUAGUGUAACCCUGUGCUUUGAAAAGGGUUAAAUUGUUUACUUGUUAGAAAUCUUGUCUUUGGUCAUGUGACAUCAAACUCCUGUUAUUGUCUGUCGAAAAAACGAAAUCUGCUGGUUGAUGAAAUGAAUUUUUAGAUGUGUCUUGUGUGUACAGAAAAUGUUUAUUGUUAGCCUGCAUUGUCAGUAACAGUCAUCCACAAACAAACAAAAAACGUGGAAUGGUACAGCGAAAUAUCACUAAAUCAGACUCGGAAGUAUCGUAAAUCCAGCCUUUUUAACUAACGCUAUUUUAUAGGUAUUAUAUCAAGUAAUGGAGCACUUUAGAAAUUAGUUUGAGCAGUGCAGGGUGGCUAGUUUUCUGUGCUGGCAAUUUUCUUCCCCUCGAGAAAACUAGGACCAAAUGUUUUCAGAAAGGGAGGAAAAGAAUACUUUCUGAACUGAGUAAGAAAAACACUAAAAUGAAGUAAUUAGUGAAAGUUACAAAUGAUUCGGAACAAACCCUAAUGAGACUUUACUGUUUAACUUUUAGUCUGCUGGCAGCAAGUGAUUCUGCCUUUGUAGGCUCGUCUUUGUUUGCACUGUUUGCUAUUCAGUCAAUUUUCUGUGAACACCCCUUCGAAUAAUAAAUGGUACUGCCCAAAUUGAAUGAUGGACUAGUCCAUUUUAGAAAUUUAGGAGCGUAAAGGUUAAACCUUUUUGAAGGUUAAGAAAGUAGGGAUAAUUUUUGGAAAACUAUUGCUACAAAGUAAAAGGAAAAUUAAAGCCAAGCUACAAGAAUGUACCAUAUAAAAAAGUCAAUGGAAGUCAGUAAUUGUGAGGUAAGGUAGUACUAAAGGUGAACUUAUCAGAGUGUCCAUUUGUCUUAUGCCACACGGUUGUCAGUAAAUUGAUGCUUCAUUUUGUGAAAACAGAUUUUUUUUAAUAUAUAUCUGUUAAUAUUUAUUAUCAGUGAGUUUGGUAGUAGGAUAAAAGUUGUUAAAUUACCGUUACUUUGAAUUUCAGUUCAUGUGCUCAAAGGUGGUUGUAAAGCAAGUGUUGAAAAUACAUGUACGUGAACUACUUUCUAGCCAAAUUACUUAAUUCCAAGAAGAUUGGAAGUUAUGUUACAAAGUAGGAACAAAAUGCAAAACAAGAAAUGAUUUUCCUUAGAUAUUAAAAUUCUGAAAAAUUACAUAUAUUUGAAAUGUGUAAAUUUAUCCUACUGCUAAAUCAAGCUUUGAGCCUUUUGUAGCAGAUGACCAAGUGUCAAAGAAACAAUUGUACAGUUUUGACACUCGUAGGGCCAGUUGCACAAAAACAUUGCAGAAAUGUUUCAGGGUAACGCAAUAGAUCUGACACAGUUUGUUUAUACUACUCAAAUGAUUCUUCAUGUCUUCAGUCUCCAGGUUUUUUUUAGAAAUGAGGAAUAUAUUUGUUAAAUGUAUGGCUUUUUUGCCACCUCUACUGUAUACAUUAGAUCUGAAAAUUUUAUGUGUUCUGACCAGUUUAUAUUUGUGAAGUGUAUCUGUAAGGUGAACAAUGAGAAGAAUUUAAGGAAAAUAAGAAUAUAUAUAAAAAUGUAAAGGUACCGCCGGAGUCAUUCAAUUAUUUCUACGCAUUUACAGACAUACAAUUUUCAUAGAUUUUUUUUUAAAGAUAAAAAACUUUAUACAAGUAUAUGCAAUGGUUUGAGUGAUUCCUUUCAUUCUAUUAAUGCAGUUCUUUACCUGUGAAAUCCUGUAGAAACUUUUUUUGUAUGUGUUCACAUAUUUAAAAAGAACAGAAAAAAGAUUGUUAUUUUUGUUGCAUCAACAUUUUUUGAUAAUCUACACUAUUGUCAUUAUUUUUGACAACCUUGUUUUAUAUUUUUGCUUUCAAUAAAUCAUUUUCUAUGAUACAUAA